CGCGGCCGGUGUUGACACUUCCGGGUGGGACUGAAGUGAGGCGGCGGGGCAGGGGCUGGCAGCUCCGGCGACAACCAUGGCGUAUACGGGCCUCACGGUGCCUCUUAUCGUGAUGAGCGUGUUCUGGGGCUUCGUCGGCUUUCUGGUGCCCUGGUUCAUCCCUAAGGGUCCCAACCGGGGAGUUAUCAUCACUAUGUUGGUGACCUGUUCAGUUUGCUGCUAUCUCUUUUGGCUGAUUGCGAUUCUGGCCCAACUCAACCCUCUCUUUGGACCACAGUUGAAAAAUGAAACCAUCUGGUACCUCAAGUAUCAUUGGCCUUGAGGAAGAAGACCUGCUCGCCAGUGCUCAGUCGUUGAGGUCACGAAGACAGUGCCUCUAGAUGCAAAAUCACCUCCAUACCCAGACCACCUUCCUCGACUCGCCCCUUUCGGCCGUCCGCUGCCUUAAACGUUCACACCACACUUGAAUAUCUUAGUCUACAACGCAGUAUUUUUUCCUAUCACCUUUUUUUACACUUUGAUGAAUGACGUGCCUAUUUAACCUAAACUGUGCUGCCUCCGCAAAAUGUUUCUGUCCUCUUCUGAGACGGAAAGUGCUGUUCUUCUGGGAAGCACGUUACUCUCUCCUUGGAACCUGUGGAUUUGAAGAUGGCUCGUGCAGCUCACGACACGGGAAUCAGCAAAGUGUUUAAAAACUGUCACAGGACAACAGGACCCCAGUGGGGCAGUCAGUGGGAAAACAUGUUCAGAGGGGAAAAUCUGUCUCAGCAGACUUAUACCAAAGUAUAUUUUCAGGGUGAAUUUCUUAUUUCUGCCAUCUCUUGGAAUAAAUUAUUUUUCUGCUUUCUAUGGAAA